AUGGCGGCGACGGUGCCGCCAGCAAAUGAUGAACCGGGCAAACUCGACCCGCCUAUGGACACAGCCGACAGCGACCUAGAUGCAGAGGGCGAAGAAGAGACUGACUUGUAUGCAAUGGAUCAACGGCUUCAAGAUGCCGUUCACCGAGCAUACACUGGAGAAGUUGAUGAGGAUGGCCUAGAGGAAGGCGCUGAUGGAAACAACUCGAGUAUCAAUGGGUUGAACGGAGAAGACGAUGACGACAAUGACGAGGCUGAACCUGUUGGAGCUGUCAAGCUUCCUGAUGACGAUGCGGGUUCUGAAGAAGACUAUGCGGAGUCUGAGGCAGCCGACGUGGAUGCCGAUCCCGGGUUUGAGGCAAACGACCGUGAUGUAUCAGAACCCGAAUCAAGUGACCACGAAUCAGAAGCUGAAGACUGGGAGGCUGAGAGUGGCCGCGAUGAUAUCGAAACUGAUAUCCGUAGUGGCGCAAACUGCAUAUUUUGCACCCAAGACGAGGAACACGACCCAAGUGAAGAUUUUGAGGAGUGGCUCACUUGUAUUGUGUGUGGUGAUCACUCUCAUCGGCAAUGCGCUCGUGAACAAGAAGCAUUUGAUGAAACGGAAGAACCAUGGAGGUGCCCCGGCUGUGUCCUUAACAAUCUAGAGCCCGACACGAUAACAGAUCCAACGACAGAAAUCAGACUCGGAGCUUCAGCUCUUCCUAAAGAGCUUCUACCUGCGCACGCUGGUACACAUGACGAGGGAUUUCAUUCGAUAUUCAACACAGGCGUCAACGACGAGAUGCUCAACAGCUCGCGAUCGCUACGCAAGCGAAAGGCCUCAUCAAUCGAUGCUGAAGAACACACACCUGUGCUUCGCAAAAGACUCCGACAAACAUCUUUCCGCUCCGAUCACCCAAGUUUGAAUGAUGCGGCAUUGGAUGGCGUGGAUGCCACUCCUGAUGGUGAUUUCCACUCUCCCGCUCGAACACGCUCUGUACGCGUGCGACGUACCCGCGCAGUGGACCGAGAGCACUGCCGCGUGGUAGCUAGGCAGUUUGGGAAACUGAUUAUUGGGUUCCGGCUGGACGAGGCAAAAAUUUCUAAAAUAACAGGCACUCAAAUCCGACCGCAACGCAAGAAGAAGAAAGCACCAAAGCCGCCACCUGUGGCCCCAGAACCCCAGGCACAUUUCGUUCCCCUUCCCCCCAUAUCCUACAACUCCAUGACUUUGUUCGACCGUGAGACCGAUGACGCAAAAUCAAAACCAUAUGGAGGCAUUCUGUCCGAAGCCGAACAAGAUACAUCCAGGACACUCCCCACACAAUUCGAUCGCGACCGGUUUGAACAGGCACGUCUGAAAGCCGAAGAGGAAUGGCAACAGAAAGUGAAGGAAGCAGAACUCAAUGGCGAAGUCACUCCGCAUGCAUCACAAAAGGUUUCUGGUCCUCCUUCAAAGAUCAAAUCCAUCAAUUUCGGUGGCUAUGAGAUCGAAACCUGGUAUGCAGCGCCUUACCCGGAGGAAUACAGCCGUAACCGUGUUCUGUACAUUUGCGAGUUCUGUCUUAAGUACAUGAACUCGGACUUCGUCGCUUGGCGGCACAAACUCAAGUGCCCUGCGAAGCAUCCACCUGGUGACGAGAUCUAUCGAGAUCGAUCGAUCUCAAUCUUCGAAGUUGAUGGACGCAAGAACCCGGUGUACUGCCAAAACCUUUGCCUUCUCGCAAAACUUUUCCUAGGCUCCAAGACUCUUUACUACGAUGUUGAGCCAUUCCUAUUCUAUGUCAUGACUGAGUAUGACGAUCUGGGUUGCCAUUUUGUUGGUUACUUUAGUAAAGAAAAGCGUCCAAGCUCAGCGAACAACGUUUCUUGCAUUCUCACUCUACCCAUCCACCAACGAAAAGGUUACGGAAACCUUCUCAUCGACUUCUCAUACCUCCUUACCCGCAUCGAAGGCAAAAAUGGAUCACCCGAGAAACCGCUCUCUGAUAUGGGUCUGGUCUCGUAUCGGAACUACUGGCGAUUGAUUUUAUCAUACCAACUUCGGGAUUUGAAGACGCCUAUCAGUAUUGCAGAUCUGUCUGACCGCACUGGAAUGACAGCAGAUGACAUUGUAUCUGCCUUGGAAGGACUUCGAGCUCUCGUGCGGGAUCCCAUCACCAAGACGUACGCCAUCCGUCUUGAUCACAAGUACUAUAACGAGGUCAUUAGUGGCUGGGAAAGCAAGGGUUACGUCCAGCUCAAUCCAGAUGCGCUGCUCUGGACGCCCUACAUUAUGGGUCGUAGCAACCAGUCUCAUUUCGAUCGUGCUCCCAUACAUACUGUUGCUCCCCGAGAGGAUCAGGAUGAAGACGAAGAUGAGACCGAGGCAAGGGCGACCGACUAUGAGAGCAAUGCUCGAAUGAUGAAUGGGUCGAAUAGAGACGCUCUCGCAGACUCUGCUGGACCGCCUUCCACAUUGGCUCUACGGCCUCAUGGCCCCCAUCAUCCUACAGCGGGCAACGCCGAACCAGCUGAAAUCCCCAACCCUGCCGCUGGAAUCCCACCGUCCCGGUUCGAACUUUGGCCCCCUGUGCCUCCGGCAGCACCCCCCAAACGCAGACCUGGCCGCCCAUCUGGUAGCACCAAACUCAAUAACAUGUCAAUGACACCCACGGCUGCCCGCAACAGCGGUCGCAACACACCUCGACGACCCUCCGGACUGGCAAUGGCCACGCCUGGAGGCAGCACUCGUCGCGGAAGAAGCUCGAUCCUCACGGACUCACCCGCAGCUGAAGCAACACCUAGCCAGGCCAACGGUCUGAAACCUGAAGUUGUUGAUGAGGAUGCCGAAAACAUCGCUCCUGUACCCAAAGAAUCUGUAGAUGCGAGCGAAGAACGACCGGAGCGUAUUAAUGGAGAUGGUGCUUCCGAUGAACCUGUCAAGCCCAAUGGCAUUGAUGCUGCCGAGGCUGAGCUUGCACCCGAGCUAUCCGAGGACAAGGACGCCGAAGCACCCAGGACCCCCGAGAAACAAUCUAACUCCAUCUCGCGAUCACCUGGGAUAUCAGUCUCACGUCCAUCCAACGAUAACCCCAAGACACCGCGAUCAGUCAACCGGAAGGCUUUGGUCGAGAAAGUUCACGUUAUGGUUCCCGCUGAGCCAGGGUCUGCUUCCAAGCCACCAGGCAAAGGUGAUGACCAAAAGGCCCUGGUCAAUACCAACGGUACCGACAUAGACACAGAUGCAGACACAGAUGCAGAUGCAGAUGCAGACGCGGAUGCAGAGAUUGACGCGGAGUACGAAGUGGAUGGGGAUGUCGUGAUGCAGACAUGA